CUCGUGAAAUGACAGGAAACCCGCAGUUUGAGUGUGAUUUUGGAGAUCCGCCGCUGCGCUUCCUGCUGCCGCGCGACUUGACGGCCGCGCGAGGCUGAUGACGGAGGAGCGAAGCACUGCUGCCUCACGAGAGGCGCAUCUCCAUUUAACACCCGACACACACAGCAAAACAGCCUCCAGCUGGACUCCCAGUGAAGCUUCCGUCUGUACUGCGUUCAUACGGCUGCUGACUGCAGGAUGGACCUGCUGCCAGACGUAUGGAGGCAGGACUACUGGCUUCCUCCCGGUGUAACAUGGGAAGACAUGGAGCGGCUGGAAUACUCCGAUCGACCUCGGCCCCGUGACCUUUUGAUAGCGCUGCCCCUUGCUCUGGGUUUCGUCGCCAUGCGCUACGUGUUUGAAAGGUUUUUCGCCCCACCCAUGGGCAGAUGUCUCGGGGUGAAGAAUAGAUUGCUGGUAACUGCUGCCCCCUCCCCAAAGCUGGAGUCGUUUUACACCCAGAGGAGCCGGCAGCCGACGCAGAGUGAAAUUGUUAGUUUGAUGCUGUCAAGCGGAAAAACCCAGAGACAGAUCGAGACGUGGUUCCGGCUCCGCAGGAACCAGGACAGACCGUGCCAGACCAAGAAGUUUGGGGAAGCUGCAUGGAGAUUCUUUUUCUAUCUCACAGCAUUUAUAGCUGGAUUAUCCUGUUUGAUUGAUAGAUCAUGGUUCUGGGACCACAGGGAAUGCUGGAGAGAGUAUCCAGUUCAGCGCAUGGAGCGAGCUCACUACUGGUACUACAUGCUGGAGCUGGGAUUUUACGGCUCUCUGCUGCUCAGGAUCUCCGUUGACAUCAAGAGGAAGGAUUUUAAGGAACAGGUGAUCCAUCAUUUGGCCACCAUCUUCUUGCUCAGUUUCUCCUACUGCGCCAACUACAUCCGGAUCGGCACGUUGGUGAUGCUGCUCCACGACUCCUCAGACAUCCUGCUGGAGUCGGCCAAGAUGUUUAAUUAUGGCACCGGCUGGAGGAAAACAUGUGACACUCUGUUCAUUGUGUUUGCUGUGGUCUUUCUCGUGACUCGACUGGUGAUUUUCCCGAGCAAAAUCAUCCACACCACUCUGGUGCUGUCCAUGGAAGUGUUUGAGCCGUUCGCCGGCUACUACUUCUUCAACGUCCUCCUGAUGGUGCUCCAAGCUCUUCACAUUUUCUGGGCAGGCUUAAUUUUACGCAUGAUAUAUAAGUUCCUGAAAGGCAAGCUGGAGAAAGAUGAACGCAGCGAUGAAGAGAGCGAAGUCGAGGAGGAAGAGGAGGAUAAAGGAGGAGAUGUGGAUCAAGAAGGAGAAUGCUACUGGGAGAAAAGUAAAGACACUCUUAACUCCAAACUGUCCAUGCUGACCAACAGCUGCGUCCUCAAUAACCUGACGAACCACAGGUCGUCAGUUGCCGACAGAAUGCGUAAAGCUCAGUGAAGACGGAGACAACUACUAGUUUGUUUUCAAUGAGAUCCACUCCUGACUUGACUCUUUUUAAGGUGACACCAUGUUUCACUCUGAAGUGAAGUUGAGUGCAUUUAACAAAGACAUUACAGUAAUUUUCCAGCCCUCAGGUGAGUUAGCAGAGGAUGGUUUCGAUCCAUCGACCUCUGGGUUAUGGGCCCAGCACGCUUCCGCUGCGCCACUCUGCUUCCUGUGCUGAGCUCCACCGUCCACCCUGAGCAUCACUAACACCGACACAAUAGUUUAGAAUUCAGUUUUCAAUGGACAGGGAUUUCAGACUUUGUGUGAAUAAAAUGGAGGAAUCCGUGCUUGCUGUCACCCAUCGUGUCCUGUUCUGUAGACUGUUUAGACUUUCAAUAUCACAGAGCUAAACAAGGUGAUAAAACUAAAUUAACAUAAAAGCUGUAAACUAAGUAUGCUGAUGUAAGUCUCACUGGAAAAUAGUAAAGAUGUUAUAUAAUUGUAGGUAGUAUUUAAAUGCCGAAAAUAAAGUUAUCUUUUAGUCUU